AUGUGUGGGAUCCAUAUUUCCAUCUCGACUCAACACUUCAAAAGCCCGAGCGAUGACUUGCGGCAUCUGCUCUGCUCGCGAGGCCCAGACCAUUCUGCAGAGUCUCACGUGGAGCUCACUACCAAAAAUGGAUCUUCCUACUGGAUCUCAGCCAUGUCAACCGUCCUGGCUCUGAGAGGGGAUCGUGUCACUCCUCAGCCGUUCAAAGAUCCGUCGAGCGGUUCCGUCUUUUGUUGGAACGGAGAAGCGUGGAGUAUUGGAUCAAAAUCAAUCAUAGGUAAUGAUGGCCAGUGUCUCUUUGAUUUGCUGAUGGGAGCAAGCUCUACUCAAAAAAGUGUCACAGAGUCCGCUGUUGCCAUUUGCAACAUCUUGCACACCGUUUCAGGGCCUUUCGCUUUUGUUUUUGUGGACAAAAUCCAUGGCCAGAUAUAUUUCGGCAGAGACCGUCUUGGAAGACGCUCUCUUCUCUAUAAGAAUGACAGCGCCUCUUCUUGCUUGUACUUCUCCAGCGUGGCUGAUCCCCGCAGGGAUCUCUGGCAGGAGGUGGAGGCCGACGCCAUCUAUCAGCUUUCAUUUGAAGGUGGUGAAAGAUCAAAGUCUUCAAAUUCAACCGAUAAUCUGCUUUCAAUAUCAUUUGCAUCGAUAUGCCGGCACGUAUGGGAAGAUCAUGCUACUGAAGGAGCUGUAUUGAGCUUGGGCAAGUUCAAUAAAGCUCAUCCGUCACAAGGACAAUAUCUCGACCGUCGAAGUGAAUCUGUCCAGCAUUUGCGCCGUCAUUUAUGUGAGUCUCUCAACAUUCGAAUUCUGAAUGUGCCCCUACCACCUGGAUCAGCGGAUGGAGAGCAAGUACGAGUCGCUGUACUUUUCUCUGGUGGACUCGACUGCACCGUGUUGGCCCGCAUGGCGCACGAUAUAUUACCAUUGGAUGAGCAGAUUGAUCUGAUAAAUGUUGCCUUCGAGAAUCCACGGGUGAUGAAAGCCGCCAAAGAUUCAGCAAGGGCAAAGAAAGGCGGAAACGAAGUCUAUAAAAGUGGAAAUGGCGCGAAUUGCCCCUCGUUAGCAGUUGACAGCGAAUGUUUGGGUGGACAGUCUCCAUUCGAAAGCUGUCCAGAUAGGGAGACUGGCAGGAAAGCCUUUCAAGAGUUACAGAGUGUAUGCCCAGGUCGAUGCUGGAGAUUCGUGGCAGUCAAUGUCCCCUAUACAGAGACUACUGCUCAUAGGAGCAAUGUCAUCAACCUCAUCCAUCCACAUAACACCGAAAUGGACCUCUCAAUAGCUUACGCCUUGUAUUUUGCUGCCCGUGGGACUGGAGUAGCCUCGACCAAUUUUAAUACGACGCCGACCGCCUACCAUACACCUGCCAGGAUCCUUCUCUCAGGGCUUGGCGCCGACGAGCUGUUCGGAGGCUACACCAGGCAUGCUACAGCCUGGGCGAGACAAGGCUUCAUGGGACUUCUUGACGAACUCAAAUUGGACAUUGAGAGGCUCGGAAAAAGAAAUCUAGGCAGAGACGACCGCGUCAUCUCCCAUUGGGGCCGAGAGGUACGGUUUCCAUAUUUGGACGAAGCAUUGGUCAAAUGGGCAGUAGAAUUACCAAUCUGGCAAAAGUGCGAUUUCCAAUCAAAUGUGCUGGUCGAGCGAGAAAUCCCAAAUCUUGAGCCAGGAAAAAAGGUUUUGCGUUUACUUGCAUACGAAUUGGGAAUGCAUUCAGUAGCGCAGGAGAAGAAGCGAGCAAUUCAAUUUGGGGCAAGGACGGCGAAGAUGGAACUGGGUAAUACAAAAGGCACAGCGUUGAUAUCUUAA